GUUUGCGCGAGCGCGAGUGGGUGUGCGCGCGGGUGUCCGUGUCGCUCUGUCGCUGUGUGUUCCUGACUCCAGCGCUGUGUGUAUGCGAAUCCCGCCCCGCCUGUGCACUUGCUUUUGCACGUGUGUCACUACUGAACUUUGUGCCAAUGCAGGUGUGUGGCCUUGUGCGUGUCCCUGUGCAUGUGAGUCCCGCCCCGCAUGUCCCUGCGUUUGCCCGUGCGCGACUCCACAACUUUGUGCGCAUGCAGCUGUGCGUGACUCUCCGUGUGAGUCCGCCCCUCAUGCAACGUGUUUGUACCUGUGUGCCUAGGCAGGUGUGAGCCGUGCGUGUGAGUCCGGCCCUUGUGUGUUUGCAUGUGGGUGACUACAUCAGUUUGUGCCCUUGUGAGUAUGUAACUGUCCGUGUGACAAUGCAUGUGAGUACGUCCCCUAUGUCACCGUGUGUCUGCACGUGACUGAGCCUGCCUGGCUGUGCCUGUACAGGGGCCGCAGCACACAUAAUUGACUGUGUGUCUGCAUUUGGAGACCUGUGCCCAUGGGUAACUUUAGGCACAUGUGGAAUGUGUUCUCCUAGGUGCGAAGUGUGUGAUUCUACGUGUGUCUGGGUGUGCAGCUGAAUGCAGCGUUUCGAUGGGUGUGUCUGCCAUUCCGGAGCUGGCCAUUCUGUGUGCCUGAACAUGACUGUGCGUGUGGAGUUGUGGUCUGGACCCACUGAUGCAUGGUGGCCAGAGCAGGGGCCACAACUUGAGUGACACACACAGGAUCUGAUGCUCUGAAGACCACAAGAUCCAGGGACAAAGGUGUGAAAACAAGGCAGUGGCUCAGAAAACAGCGAUGGAAGGACUCUCGACCAUGGCCACUCCCCAGGGCCCCGAGGUGGGGGAAACCCGGGAACAAGAGGGUCGGUUCAAGGACCGGCAGGAGAACCAGAAAAGCUGUUUGAAGCAAGAGGCCGCGGCCCCCGGGGAAGAGCCCGCCAGGGACGGUGUGCAGGAGCGGGGCGAGCUCGGCGGGGUGCCGGGAACCGGCCGGAGUCCUCCCCGGCCCCAAGCCGGCGGCCGGCCCCGGAGGCGCGGCGCGCCCAGGAAGAACCCGAAGCCGAAGAAGGCGGGCUCCGGCGAGGAGGAGCGAGGAGGGGGCGGCCCCCGGAAGCCGUGGACGUGCGGGGACUGCGGCAAGGCCUUCAGCUACUGCUCGGCCUUCACCCUGCACCAGAGAACCCACACCGGCGAGAGGCCGUUCGCGUGCGCCGACUGCGGCAAGGCCUUCAGCCAGAGCGUCCACCUGACGCUCCACCGGCGCACGCACACGGGCGAGCGGCCGUACGCGUGCCCCGAGUGCGGCAAGGCCUUCAGCCAGGGCUCCUACCUGGCGUCGCACUGGCGCACGCACACGGGCGAGCGGCCGCACCGCUGCGCCGACUGCGGCAAGGCCUUCGCGCGCCCCACGCACCUGGCGCAGCACCGGCGCGUGCACACGGGCGAGCGGCCGUACGCGUGCGGCCAGUGCGCCAAGGCCUUCCGCAACCGCUCGUCCCUGCUGGAGCACCAGCGCGUGCACACGGGCGAGAAGCCGUACGCGUGCGCGCGCUGCCAGAAGGCCUUCCGCUUCUCCUCGGCGCUCAUCCGCCACCGGCGCACGCACACGGCCGAGCGGCCGUACGCCUGCGGCCAGUGCGCCAAGGCCUUCACGCAGCUCGCGCACCUGGCGCAGCACCGGCGCGUGCACACGGGCGAGAAGCCGUACGCGUGCCCCGAGUGCGGCGCGCCCUUCAGCCAGAGCGCCUCGCUGGCCGAGCACCGGCGCAUCCACACGGGCGAGAAGCCGUACGCGUGCGCGCAGUGCGGCAAGGCCUUCACGCAGGUGUCGCACCUGGCGCAGCACCGCCGCGUGCACACGGGUGAGCGGCCGUACGCGUGCGCCGACUGCGGCCGCGCCUUCAGCAACCGCUCGCACCUGGCGCAGCACCGCCUCGUGCAUACGGGCGCGCGGCCCUACCGGUGCCCGGAGUGCGGGGCGGCCUUCGGGCACGUGUCGUCCCUCAUCGAGCACCAGAAGAUCCACACGGGCGAGAAGCCCUACCGCUGCGGGGACUGCGGCAAGGCCUUCAGCCAGGGCUCGUCGCUGACGCUGCACCGGCGCACGCACACGGGCGAGCGGCCCUACGCGUGCCCCGAGUGCGGCAAGGCCUUCAGCAACCGCUCCUACCUGAUCCAGCACCACAUCGUGCACACGGGCGAGAAGCCCUACGAGUGCGGCGGCUGCGGCAAGGCCUUCAGCUUCUCCUCCGCGCUCAUUCGGCACCAGCGGACGCACGCCGACGGGAGGCCGUGUCCGCGCGCCCGCUGCGGCCACCCCGCCACCCCGCUGCCGUACCCGACGGGGCCCCCGGGCUCCCCCCGGGAGGAGGAGCCAGGCGGCGGCAGCGACCCCACACAGAGUGCCACAGACCGGCAGAAGGACGAGCUGAUGCCUAACGGGGACCUCUGACCCGGCACCGCGCCUGGCACUGUUCCACCCCGCUUCCGACCGCUCGGCACCAAGGGGAGGCACCUUCUCCUCCCCGACCCGUCCGUGAGAAAACCGAGGCUCAGGGAGGCCCGGGGACUUGCCCAAGGUCACACAGGGAGGAGGUCACAGGGCCGGGACUGGACUCCGCAUCUGCCGGACUGCCCCUCCCCCCAACACACACACUCUGCCUCCUGGUUCGGAACUAUAAAUGCGACCCACGAAAGUAGACCCAAAGAAGUGUCUGUGCGUCUCUAGCUAGUCUUUGAAUGGUCGAAGAUUUGAUGAUCACGUAGGCAUUUGUUCAAUAAAUUUAAUUGGAUAAAAGGCUCGGCUCCUUUCAAGUUGGCAUAUUGACUAAGGAAGCGGGGUCUGAAGAAGUAUGGAUCCCUAGGACUGAAACAGUGGUUCCAAAAUUAGAACGAGCCAGAGACAUCCAGAGAAGGAAAAGCUCUAGAAGAGACUUGCCUCUCCCCUGACCUGCAAAGGGUGAGUUUCAGAGUGCACCCCAGCCUUUUUUAGGAUGAGGAAACCCUUUCCCCUGCUCCAGCCUUGUGCCGCCCCCCCCCCCCCCCCCCCCGCAAUCAAAAUCCUGACUUUAAUGGUUGUGUCAGUUAGCUGUUGCUGUGUAACGAAGCAUCCAGACCUCAGUUGUCCAUCUAAUAUAUUUCCCAUGGUGGGGGUUUCUGUUGGCCUGGACUAGGCCCAGUUGAUCUUGGCUAGAUUCAGUGGCGCAUCUGUGGUCAGCUGAGGGUUGGAUCGAGGUGGCUGUUCAGGACGGCUCAGCUGGGCCAUCUCUGCUACCUUCCUCAAGACUCUAAGGGUGUGCACUCAGGACAGUAGCGGGCAUUUGGAGAGAGUGGGCACACCCAAGCACAGUUUCAAGCCCCUGAUUAUGUCAAGUUUGCGUGUAGACCCACUAGCCAAAGCAAGAGUUAUAGCCAAGCCCAUGGGUAGUGUACGAAGGGCAUUUUCAACCAUGUGGUUAGAAGUGUGAAAUGUGAGAAUGAUUAACGCAGUCACCUAUCACCGUGAAAUAAGUUAUAGUCCUACAGCAUGCUCUUUACGAAAUUUUGUUAUGGACAACAUUUGUUUGGUCCACAGUUAACAAAGUGAAAAAAAAUCUUAGCCCUGUCCUCCUCCAUCCCCCCUACCCACCAAGUUCCCCUCCCUAGAGUCAACCAUUCUUGAGUUUCUUGGUAUCUUUCCAACAUAAUCUAUGCAUAUAUAGCAAAUAAUAUGGGUAUUUGCUUAUAUGUAUAAACAUGCUAUAAAGACGUACAGUAUACCUUUCUACACGGAUAGUAGCAUACAACCCACAGCUUCUGUCCUUUUAUUUAUUUUAUAUUUGGAAGCACUGGAUGUUAUCAUUUCACAAAGUUUGGGUGUAAGAUUUCUUAGGUAGAGAAUCACGUAUGUUUGUUUUGAUCUCACUGAUUUGUUCAGGUCCAGGAAGAAAAAAAAUGACAAAAAUUUUUUUCAGUUACGAAUGCCUUUUUUACAAGGUUGACCAACAAAUGGUCCUGUGUCAUGGAACAACAUAACUGAACAUAACAUAUCAUAACAACAUAACAUAACAACAUAACAUAACCCCCCUGUGCAUAAAAAGGAACCCCCUACAUAAAGAAUUUUUAUGAGAUUUUUUUCAAUUAUACAAAAUGUACAAUAUAUCCCCACAUGCCCAUCCACUUUGACUGCCUUAAAAAACAAAAAGAAUUUUGGGGUGCCUGGGUGGCUCAGUCGGUUAAAUGUCCAACUCUUGAUUUUGGCUCAGGGCAUGAUCUCACGGUUCAUGAGUUCGAGCCCCACAUAGGGCUCUGUGAUGACCGUGCAGAGCCUGCUUGGGAUUCUCUCUCUCUCUGUUUCUCUUUCUGCCCCUCCCUCUCUCUCAAAACCAGAAAAGAAAAGAAACAAUUUUAAUAGAAUAGGAAUGCAAUACCUAAAAGUGCUUUCAUAACAAAAUUUACCAUAUUUUAUUAUAUAUAUUUGUUUUUAAAAUAGUUCAUGAAAAUGCCUAUUUUUUUUCCUGGUCUAUUUUAAAGUAAAUUACCGACAGGAUCUCACUGCUAAAUACCUUAGGCUGCAUCUCUUAACAACAACAAAAGUACCUUCUAUACAACCACAGUAUCAUUCACACCCAGUGAAACAUUAAUUUCUUGAUAUCAUCCAGUGUCCAGUCCAUAUUCAGAUUUCCUUGGGCCCUGAAAAAGUGAUGUAAAUUAUCAGAAAAUAACGCCAAGCCCUGAAAAUACCUCAAACAUAAAUGAUCUUUAAUGUGUAUAACUAAGGAGGAGAGAAAUUAAAACAGCCACACGGACGUGUAAAGAGACAUCUGUCUCCCUGCCCACCAGCUUCCUCAGCUCUUAGUCCUAGCAAGGAAGCUGGUGAGGGGCCUCGGAGGAGAUGCGUGCCUUUCCUUUCGCCCUGGCGUUAUCUGCACAGGCCUUGGCACGCAGUAGGUCCUCAGGGAAUCUCAUGUGAAUAAAUAAAUAAGUGACAAAUCCCUGACCUGCCUUGCAGGGUCAAGACUUACGGUGUUUGCCCUUCCUCUGUGUUGCAGACAUCACUCAGGCCCCAGCAUAGAGUAGGUACUCAUGAAGGACUGGGUGACUAGUUGUACGUCCCAACAUCAGCCCUGGCAUCAUUCAGGGUGAGAGGCCACACAUUCGGUGCCCCCCUGUCUCCCAGGCAUUAGCCAGCUCAAGCACCAGCACACAGUGGGUUUUCGGGAGAUCUAAAUUAAUAGGCCAGGUAAAUUAAUGAAUAAGUAAACAUCCUCAGCACCAGUGCUGGAUCAGAGAACAUGCAUACUGGUUCCUUCCUGUGACCCAAACUUUGCCUAGCCCAAGCCUUAGCACACAGUAGGUCCUUAAGAAGCUCCAGAUAGCUGAAUAGUUAUACAUCGCAGCAUCAGGCCAGGAGUUAUUCACGGUCAGGAGGGACAACACAGUCGGUUCAUGGCUAUGCCCCAGACAUCUCCUACCUCAGGCCUCAGCGCACAGUAGGUCCUCAGGAAAUACUGAGUGACUGAAUGAAUGGUUGACCAUGUCCAGCUGCAACCUUAGAGCCAUUCAGGGUCUUGCAUGGACUGCACGGUCUGGCUCCUCCUUCUGACCUUCGCCCAGCCCAGGCGCUAGGCACACAGUAGGCCCUCAGGCAGUGCUGCGUGAAGGGAUGUAUGUGAAAUGGGAGCCCAGUUUACAGACAUAAGCCUGAGUUCAGUCACCCCAAAGACGGGUGGGAAACUGGUCCUCCGCAACGCCAAGGCUGCGGAUGCCCCGGCUCUGCGGGAGGAGAGGGGGGAGGGUGCGGGCGAGGUGUGGGCGGGGUCGGCGUCCCGCCUUUGAGCCCUUCCGCCAAGACUUCAACGAGAGCCGGCUAGGUGCAGUGCGCAGGCGCCGGGCGUAACGCCGCGAGCUGGCCCCGCCCGCGGGCGGUUGGUGGGCUGUGCUGCGGGGCCGACGCAGGAGGGUGGACGCAGGAGGGUGGGCGCGGGCGCAACGAGAGUCUCAGCCGGGAGGACGGGAGCGUCCGCGGUCCCUCCUGUUGCAGUAAGAGUGGCGCGCGCGAGCGGUGCCCUGAGUCCACAGCCGUGAAGGAGCUGAGCCCCGGGAGGAGGAGCUGCCGAAAAUACCUGUUCAGAGCUUUCGGAAUUACUGGUGGUGAUACAGGCGCUGAAGACCAGGAGAAUCACCUGCGGAGCUGCUGUGCAUAUGGGCUGCUAACUUUCUGGUUUAUCGCUUAGGUUUAUUUAUGAUUGCCCCCUUCUUAGAAAUGCCCUUUGCUAAUGGGAUCCACCUCCCUAGAGAAUUACACAGGUGGUUACGCUCCUCCCCAACAGUCGUGCGCCCAGGGAUAGAGUAUAACACACUCCCCACUGGCUCAGGGGAGAACAAGGACUGUUGAUGCUCCAGAGCUCCUUGUGGGACCACGCCCACGCUGGACCCCCAAUCAAACCCAGCUUCCCCCUGAGAGCACACUCCCUCAAUAAAUCCCUUGCACAAAAAUCCCAA